AUGCUAAAUCGCAGCGUCAUCGACGAGAGGGCGAUAUACACCAAGCGCGCCGAGGACUACGCGGAGCUGGUGCGCCGGUUCAGCGAGCCGGGGCUGCGCGAGGUGGGCAACUACCGGCUGGGCGACGAGAUCGGCUCCGGCGCCUUCGGCAAGGUGUACAUCGCGCACCACAAGCUGCUGAGGUCCAAGGUUGUUGUGAAGAAGGGCGACCGCGUGACGCCGUCGGGCUGCAACGACAACCUCAUGCGCGAGUACUACUACCUGAAGGAGUUUGGUGCGCACCCCAACGUCACCAAGCUGUACGAGCUGAUCUUGACCGAGACCAGUGCGUUCAUGGUGCUGGAGUUCUGUCCCGAGGGCGAUUUAUUCGAGUACCUGAGCCGGCACAGACGGCUUCCCCUGGACGAGAGCCUGCGGAUGUUUGUGCAGCUGGCGUCUGCGGUCCACUACAUGCACCGCAGCGGCUGUUGCCACCGGGACCUGAAGCUGGAAAACGUGCUGCUGGACAAAAACCACAACGUGAAGCUGUCGGACUUUGGGUUUGCGCGCGAGUUCCCGAUGGCGCAGCACGGCCCGCGCGGGCUGCUCAGCGACAUUUGCGGCACGAGCGCGUACAUGGCCCCGGAGCUGCUGAGAAAGACGCCGUACGUGGGCACGAAAACAGACAUCUGGGCGCUCGGCGUGAUUCUGUACACGCUUGUGGCGGGCGAGAUGCCGUGGGACGACUCGCUCGACGAGGACGCGCUUGUGGCGGCCGUGUGCGGGCGCGAGCCGACGUACAGCCCCGAGCUGUUUGGGCCGGAGCUGCUGCCGCUUGCGCGCGCGAUGCUGGCCAAGGACGCGGACCGACGCGCGUCGUCGCUCGAGGAGGUGCUGCGCGCGCCCGUGCUGCACGCGUACGGCGGGCCCGCGCAGCUCGAGCUCGUCAGCCGGCUGCUGUACCGGGCAACGCCCGCGCUCGAGCUCUCGCACAAGGACAAGUUCCUGCUCAAGGAGCUCACGAGCGUCGGCGUCGACAAGGACACGCUCAAACGCACCAUCUACCACGAGACGAUGGACCAGGUGUACGGGUUUUGGCAGCUGGCGCGCGAGAAGAACCGCAAGGGCCGCACGAAACGGAUCCGCCACCGUAGCAGGAGCAUGCUGCGCAUCUCGACGUCGAAGUCGUUUAUGGAGUCGCGGCUCAGCUCGACGCCCGAGCAGGCCGCGCAGCCGGCGCAGCAGUUGCCCGAACCGCAGCGCUCAGCGGCCCCGAGCGCCCAGUCGUCCGACCAGAGCAGUCUGCGCAAGGGCCAUGGGUUCUCGCUGAAGCGGCUGCUGGGCAGGAUGCGGCCCGCCAGGGAGCACGAGCUGCAGCCGUCGCCGCCGCCGCCGUCUGCACAGGCCACCGACACGGCGCGCCAGCAGCUGUCUGCGGUGUCUCCAACACAGCCGGUGUCGGCGAACGUGGUGGUGAUCGAGCCGCCCAAGUCGCCGCGGGUCAAGAACGUCGGCACGAGCGCCGACAACACGCCGCGCGCAAUGCGCCCGCAGUCGCUCGUGUCCUCGUACUCGAUGCAGACGACCGUCUCAGAAACGUCGAACGGCUCGGGCUACAACACGGGCUACUCCACAGACACGAACUUGAACGGCACGGGCACCACGCUCGGCAGCCACACGGCGCCGCUGGCGCACUCGUCCACGCCUGGCGGGCGCCCGCAGUACGCGCGCGGGCUGAGCGACUGGUCGCUGAACUCGAAGAACGUCGCGUCGCAGCCGACGUCGCCCACGUCGUCGUUCACGACGGUGUCGCGCUCCAACUCGCUCGAGUCGGCGUCGCGGUCGGUGCGCGGACGCUCGCGCAGACGCAAGAACUCGGGCAUCUUUGGCACGUCGGGCAACAGCAACGGGUUCCUGUCGAAGCGCGGCAAGUCGCCGCUGCAGUCGAAAAUAAACACCAAGUGGAGCUUUGGCGCGAUCCAGAAGUCCACCAAAGAGAACCGGUUUGGCAAGAGCUCCAAACAGCAGCAGAUUAUCGAGGAAGAGGCCGAGGACGAUGCGUCGGAGGACGAGCUACUGAACGAGACAGAGUACGCGGACGGCGAGCUGGAGGAGAUGGGGGACUCGGAGUUCGAGCAGGGCGAGGUGCAGGACGUUGCCGAGCAGCUCUCAAACUACAAGCUCGACCAGCCGGAAGAUAGAUAG